UUGGAGGUUAUAAUUUGUCGGCUUUACGCUUUUUCUCAAUGUGUCGGUUUUUAAAAUUCGUAAAAUUGUGAAUAAGUUACCUUCCUUUUGCAUAAAAAUGUGCAAUUUCAUAAUAAUCAACCUAUCCAAUUACCACAAUGAUUACAUGAGUAAAGCCAGAAUAUUUAUCGAUAGCAACCUCAAAGUCGUUGGGGAUUUACAAAAAAAACUAAAAGAUAUUUUUGCAAUCGAAAAUGACUUCGUUUUAAUGGCUCAAAAUGAAUUUUAUUUGCCCAAUUCCGAAGAUAUUCGAAUAGUUCGUCCCGAAGAAGUAGUAUGGGUGAUACCAAACAAUAAGCAAGCACAAGAAAAAAAUACUGCGAAAAGCCCCAAAAAGAAAAGGCGUAAAUUAACAGACGACGACAUAAUGCACCUCAAAGCUCUACAGCAAGAAGCUCUUUUGUACAGCUCUGAACCCGAGGAAGAAAUUAAGAGAAAACCGAAAAAGAGCGAAAACAAUUACACACGCGAUAUUGAAGAUUCCACAUUAACAUCUCUGAACGGAACCAAAAAGAAAUCAACGAAGAAAGACAAACAAAGAAACAAACACCAAGAGCCCCAAAUCCCCGAGCAAAGCGAUUGCGAAGAUUCCGAAACUAAAAAAUACCCCAAAACGAAACCCAACGGUUAUUCCGAAGACAAUCCCGAUGAUAAUCGAAUCUUGCUGUGCAGCCCGAUGCCCGAAAACGUCAAUAUCAAAAAAUCCCAAUGCAUACCCCUAACAACCGAUGAAUACCUCAAAGAAAAGAAAAUUAACAUCAUCCGAAUCGACUAUCUUUCCAGACCUACCACUCACAAUAACGAAGAAAAACCCACUCAAAACAGCAACCAUUCCACCGAUAGUAACCCGCUUGUACCAUCUUCUCAAAAUAACCCCGAUUCUGAGCAAUCGAAGCUACCUGAAACUUCUAGUUUCCAAGUACCCCCCUCGCCCAUCGAUUCUUCUAGUCCUUUGCUUUGCAUGUCGAAAAUCAAACGGCCCAAACGCAGUAACUUGUUCAAAUUCAAAAUGUCCCUACCGUGUGCUGGCACCGAAGAAAAAAAGCCCCUAAUCGCAGAAAGUAAUCUGAGUGUUAUCGAAGGAGAUGAUGAAAGUAUGCAGGAUGAUAGCGAAUUGGAGGAAAUUCAGGAUAGCGCCGAAAAUACUUUGAAUGCAGAUUCUGUAAAUGCUGAAUCUGUUGAUAAUUGUACUCAAAACGUUGAAUGUGAGGAUAAAACUGCGGAUACUGAAAAAGGCUUCGAUGGUAGCGCUUUAUCAGGGAUUAAUCCUUUGCAUCCAAAUACUAACACUGCUAGAAAGCUAUUAAAUGGAGUUGGCCAUCUCCUGAACAAUAUCAGAAAUUCGAGCUUUGAAGAGGAAAGCGGUGCAGCAUCGGAAGAUAUCGAAAAUUUUCCUAUCGUGAAGCCGAAGAGAAAACGCACCAGAAGACACAAAAACAAAGCUAUAUUGCCUGAUUUUUCGUUUUGAGUUAACCAUUGCUCGUUUUCAGUUUUCUAUUUUUAAUUGUAUUUUAA